AUGUAUUCCUCCCCCUACCUCGCCAAACACAUCGGCAUGACUGACCUGCUCGCUCACAGGAACAAUCAACAGACUUUGCCUCCGAUCAGGGGCUACGUCCUCUGCAGCGGCAGCGGCUGCAACUCGGUCGCCGUCCACCACGACGCCGCUACCCGCAAGGCGUACUGCGCCAAUUGUGUCCGUAGAAACUCUACGGUUCCCACUGGCCCCUCGACCAAUCUACAUCAGGCGUACAACAUGUCCGAGAUGCAGCGGAAUCUUGGCUUCGCUCACCAGGAGCCCGCUGCCAACUCGCCAGUAUCCGAUUUCACGGACCAUGAGAUGGAUUCGGCUGCGAGCUGCUCCACCAUCUCUUCGCCGGCGAAUACACCGAUUUUGACGCCACGGAGUCUCUCUGCCGCCAGCAGAAGCAGCAGAAGCCAUGGCAGGAGGGCCCAAUCGACCUCGGGAGGUUACUGCAACAAGUGUGGCCAUGACAGGUGCCGGAUUGAGAAGCAUCGCGCUUUGCGCAAGAAGGACAAGGAGCGGGCCAACCGGAAUCACCUCCAGGAAGUGGCUCAGCAAUUUGAAAAUAUCCUGUCCACAUUUGGCAGCGGUAGCAUCCUCCGUGGCAACAAGCAGAGCAGCGGCAACGCCACCACUUCUGGACUGCAGUUCAAGAAAAUCGAUGUGAUGAAGUUGGUUGCGGCCCUCCUUUGCGGUCUCCUGCAACAAGGCUCGGAGGCCGCCAUACGAACCGGGACAGAAGCUGAGUUCCAGGCGAACCUUCACGAAAUCAUUGACAAAUACCGCGACAGCGAGAGCGACGACCCCACGGCUGGCACAUUCCUGGAGAACCGCGGGCACAAAUGCCGGAACGAUGAGAACGGAGACGACAAGAAGCGCUGCGUCGUUCAUGGACACGCCAGCUGGGCCGAAUGCCGCUCCACUCAGGCGCAGAGGGUUUUCCAGAGGAACGUCCAGGCAUUCAGGGCUAGUCUUUGA